AAAACCAAGUUGUAAAUAGUUGAUUAUAGCGUAAUUUAAUGUUAUCGCAUUCAAGCACGCCGUUUGUUUAUAUCGCGCCAAGACGGACUAAAUCUUGAAACAAAGAUUAACAUUAGUAUCUACUCAAUUUUCUAUACGAGGGCACAUUUCGUACUCAAAGAGAAUGUAGACUCAUGGAUGUUGUAAAAUAUGUGUAUUUAUUUACAGUCUGGCCAUUAAAGUCACUGUGAUUUAGAAUUUAGUAGAUAGUGAAGUCUACGACGACAUCAGCAACGUACAUUUUCUUUGGAUAAUAUGAUUGAGCAUGAUUUGAAACAUCUCAAGAGCCAGUUGCCCUCAAAAUGGCUUUUCUGGAAACAUCGACGUUACAUAUUGGCACUAAUGACCUUUUUUGGGUUCUUCAAUGCAUACACACUAAGAGGAAAUUUAAGUAUUGCGAUAGUAGCAAUGACAUCAGACAGAAAUGAAACUUUGAAAAAUGGGACUGUGAUAAAUAUAGGACCGGAAUUUAAAUGGUCCAAUGAAAUCCAAGGAUACAUUCUCAGUUCGUUCUUCUAUGGCUAUAUUACGACUCAACUAUUAGGAGGCUAUUUUGCCAAAAAAUACGGAGGAAAAAUAAUUUUUGGCACCGGAAUAGCGGUAACAGCUGCAGCUACGUUAAUUACCCCAUGGCUAGCAAAUAAUGUUUAUCUGCUAAUAUGUGUUAGAGUUAUUGAGGGAAUAUUCGAGGGAGUAACUUACCCAAGUGUGGCUGGACUUUGGUCUAAAUGGGCUCCACCCCUGGAACGUUCUGGAUUGAUGAUGUUUGCAUCAGCUGGAAGUUAUUUUGGAACCGUAAUUGCUUUACCACUGAGCGCCUUGUUGGCCGAAGCGUUUGGAUGGAGGAGCAUUUUCUGGUUUUUUGGGGCAGUAGGACUAUUUUGGUACGCCUGUUGGCUAUACAUUGUGACAAGUUCGCCAGACCAAGACUCCAAAAUAAGUGAAGAGGAACUGAAAUAUAUUCAAAUUUCUCUAGAAAUUAACACGAAGGAAGAGUUUGAAAAAGUACCGGUUCCAUGGAAGUCUAUUGCUUCAUCAAAGGCUGUUUUAGCUAUUUGCAUGUCGAAUAUUUGUGAGAAUUGGGGAUUUUACACAUUUUUGACCCAAUUACCAAAGUAUUUGAAAGAUAUUUAUAGUUUUGAUUUGGGUACAUCUGGAUUCCUUUCCGGAUUACCUUAUUUGGCCAUGGGCAUUUUUGUACCAGUGGCUGGACAGCUUGCAGAUUUUGUGCUUACCAAAGGAUAUCUAACUGUUACCCAAUGCAGAAAAACUUGGACUUUUGUGGGAUUUUCUGCCCAAUUCGUUUUUCUGCUUGCAGUCGCUUUUGCUUCCAGCGAAAUUGUCACUGUUAUUUGUCUAACAUUUGCUGUUGGAAUUGGCGCAUUUGCAUUUGUGGGAUAUUAUGUGAACCCUUUGGAUAUUGCCCCUCAAUACGCAAGCAUUAUAGUGGGAAUCAGCAAUACUUUUGGAACGUUGCCAGGAAUUAUCAGUCCAAUUUUGUCUGGAUAUAUUGUUUCGGAUAACCCGACUGUCGAACAAUGGCAGACCGUAUUUUUUAUAGCCGCUGGUUUAUAUAUAAUUGGUGCAAUUGUGUUUGUUAUUUGUGCUUCUGGAGAAGUACAAAGCUGGGCGCAAAAACGAGUACCAAAAAGCAACAUUUAUGGAAGUUGUGAUGACCAGAGCAUAGAAAACAAAGCAUGUUGACAUAUUUGGAAAAAAAUGCUUACUUUUAGACAACUGCACAUCUUAAACAUCUUAAUGUUUUUGGUUGCAAAUUAUGGAACUUAUUAUGCUAUAUUUGCAAUAUGUGUUUCAUUUUUAAUUUUCACUUGUGUAUAAACCCAUUUAAUUGACAGUAGAUAUGAAGAAAAUGUGUGAUUUUGCAACAAACGAUAUUUGGCCUCAACAUAAUCCACGCAAUUUUCAAGAAGUAA